UUUUUGACGAAAUCGAUCGCUAUUUUCUACUCUAUUCCUUCCAAUUUGCUUCUAUGGGGAAAUCAAUCCCUUCGGCGACGCGGCUCCAAGGCUUAGCGAGAAUCGUCUCAUCGUCAGACAAACUCCACCUGCCGAGACAAGCGAAACCCAUUUCAAGAAUCCGGGUCUCAACCCCAGAAGCGUCGAGACCCGGCGGCGGUGGGGUCCGAACCGACCCGAAGAAGAUGGAGAGUCGCGCGAAGAGCUUGGAGCAGGAGGGGAGCGAUCGGGUGCCGCUGGGUCAGGUAGUGUACGAUUGCGCCAGGAGGUGGUUUCAAGACACAUUGAGAGAGGCCAAGGCUGGUGAUGGUGCUAUGCAGGUCUUAGUUGGCCAGAUGUACAACUCUGGCUAUGGCGUGCCUAGAGACCCUCGAAAGGGUCGUGCUUGGAUUAAUAAAGCAUCAAAGGUUCGAUCUUCAGUUUGGAAAGUAAGCGAUAAACAGCCAGGUUACAAUGCAAGUGACUCUGAUUCCAGUGAGAUGGACGGCAACAAAAAAUAGAUUUAGGGCAGACUUGGACUCUCUCCUUCCCGCUACUUAGACAUGUCUAUUGAUCUCAAAGGUCCUUUGACUCCUCUCCUCUUCUGUUUGCAUGCAGCCUAUGAACUGCAUCUGCUUUUUGUGGAUACAAGCAUCUGUUCGUGCUGCAUUGGCUAUGUAAUCAUCCUGUUGAUGUUCAACAAAGACCGACCAUGAAUUGAAUAGAAUCAAUUGCACAAUGAUUUGUGCUUCCUCUUUAACGUGGUAUACUAAUGUAGCUGAGGAAGUACGUUUGCUGAGAGAAUGCUAUCCUCCAUCUUCAUGUCAAUGCGAAGAGCAAUGUUUU